AUGAAAAGGUAGCCGCGAGCAAAAAUAAAUAAAUUUAAUACUUUGUAGUGUUGUUUUUUAAAUUAAUUUAUUUGAAAUGGGUAAGUCCGAGAAAACAAAAAGCAAGAAAUCUAAUCGACAUAAUCCACUGUAUGAACAAAUUAUUGAUGAUAGAUAUGCAAAGUCGUCUUCUCGUGUUAAAGCCAGAAGUUGCCAAGAAGAAGAUAAUGAGACUGUAGAUGAUAAGCUAACACAGAAAAUUUUAACUGAAGCUCGAAAGCAGUUGGAAGAUGUGGAGGAAGAAGUGGGUUUGGGCAGCAUAUGUAAACAGUUGCAGACUUCUCAUUUGUUUACUGGUUUACCCACUGAAAAUGAUACUGCUGACUUUCCUGAUGAUGAAGAUGUUCCAGGAGAUGAAUCUCCUGAAGAGGAAAUUGAUGAAGAAACAAAGAAAGCUAUUGAAACUUUCAUGCCAAAUGAUCCUGAUAAGAAAUCAGCCUUAGUUGAUCUUCUUAAAGAAAAGCUUACAGAAAAGCGAACUGAGAUUAAUACCAUAUAUUCAGAUGCUGGAAGCUUGAGAGGAGAGGAAUUGGAAAAGUUCUCUGCUAUCUACAAAGGUGUUGGUCAGGUUCUGUCCAAAUAUCGCAGUGGCAAGAUCCCCAAGGCAUUUAAAGCAAUCCCUAAAUUUGCCAAUUGGGAACAGUUACUGUAUCUCACAGAGCCAGACAACUGGACAGCUGCAGCUAUGUUCCAAGCGACUAGGUUGUUUUCCUCUGGAAUGAAAUCAGAGAUGGCACAAAGAUUUUACAAUUUAAUAUUGCUGCCUCGAUUAAGAGAUGAUAUUGCUCAGUGCAAGAAACUAAAUGAUCAUCUAUAUAGGGCUCUAAAAAAGGCCCUCUUUAAACCUCGUGCAUUUUUCAAGGGUAUGAUAAUUCCACUUUGUGAGUCUGGAACUUGUUCCUUGCGUGAAGCCACCAUUUUUGGCAGCAUACUUGCUAAGUGCUCAAUCCCUAGCCUUCAUUCAAGUGUAGCUCUGUUGUACAUCUCUAAGAUGCCAUACAGUGGUGCCAAUUGUAUUUUCAUGAGAGUACUCAUUGAAAAGAAAUAUGCCCUCCCCUACCUUGCAAUUGAUGGGAUUGUGGAUUAUUUUCUGAGAUUUACAAAAGAUGAUAGAGCCUUACCUUUAUUAUGGCAUCAAUGUUUAUUGACAUUUGUGCAAAUUUAUAAAAAUGACUUAUCUCAUGACCAACAGCGAGAGCUUUUGAAAUUAUUGAAAAUCCAAAGUCAUCCUCUUGUAUCACUAGAAAUCCGCAAAGAACUGUUAAGUGCUAACUGUCAAAAUAGAGAGACAGUAACUCCUAUGACUCCAGAAUGAAAAUUCAGAAAAUAUUUAUUGAAAUAAAAAUCUGUAUACUGUGUACAUAUGUUUGUAUCUUUGAUUAGUUAAUAAAAUUAAUUAUUUUUAAA